AGUAUCCCAACUCCCAAGAAUAUUCCCAGUUUUCAGUUUUUUGAACCCUUGAAGUCUUAUUAAUUUUUUGUAGUUUUCACUUCUCUGUAGUUAAUCGUUGUGACGUUUAUUUUAAUUUGUUAACAUGAUAGUUCAGUGACGGUAUCGCAAGAUAGUAUGUAUCCCAUGUGAACUACGAACUUGAAGUGUAGUAUUGUAAUUUUUAUGAAGUUUCGAAUAACUAGUUUGAUUUGUAUCCAUAUCUGCCAAUCUGCCAGUUUCACAUUCCAAUUGAUUAAACCUGCUGAUUAGAACUGCUGAAUGUGAAGCAUCUAGUCACGAUCAUGAGAACGUACCGAACGUAGUACGCGUUAGUGAUAUUGAAGCUGUAGCCCUUCAAAAAACAUAAUUUCUCAUUGAUUGUUGUGCGGCGAAAUAAUCGGAGCCAUUCGUCCUGAAAUAUAUUUGUAUGAAUUUUGACGAUAGAUACAUCAAGCUGUUAUCGUCCCUUGGAGUGAUGUGAGCAAUGAUACAAGUCUGUGAAAUCGGUAGUUCUCCAUUAUCAAGUGCCUUGAAUUUUUAUGUGGCAUGACGUAGGACGUCUACUUGUGUUUAUGUGGACGUGUGACAGCUGUAGUGUUUGCAUUUCAUUGUUGUAAUCCUUUAAGUCUCUGUGUUCAUGAUUUAUGUAAUUCCUUAUGGGCUGUGUCUUGAGUGCAUAAGACUAUAUUUCCAGAAUCAACUCCGAAGAUGAAUCAAUAUCCUCAAAAUAAUUGUUUAGGAAAUUACCAUGAGUUCAAUUCCGCUCCUGUAUAUUCACAAUCAAAUGGUUUUCCACUCGCUCCAUCUUAUCAGUAUAAUUUCAACAACUACAAUGAAUAUUCUUGUUACCCUCCAUCUGUUCCUCCCAUUUCGCCGUGCCUGCCCACCAAUUCCUCUAAUUUUCCAUCCGUUAAUUCCACUGAUGUUCCUAUUCCGAUUCCUCCGAAUCAGUAUCCAUACAUGCCAACAAACCCGUCAUACUAUAAUAUGCCAAUCAACACUCAAAAUUAUGGUGCUUAUUCUAACGCGGCUGGGGAAAUGAACAAGAUAUCUAAUCGCGAAGGCUCUACUCAGAAGCGUAAUCGAUUGCCUUCUCCUGAAAGUUUCAUACGAGAAUGUCAAAGUGGUAAAAAAAGUAACGAAAGAUUAUCCAAAGAAGAACUGAUAAAAAAGGAUCUGAAACGUAAAUCGGAUUCCCCAGAAAAUUCUAAAACUUUGUCGAGGCGGAAAAAUAGAGAAUCGUGUGAUCACGACAAUUCUACUUCAACCAAGAGGGAGAAAUUCUAUCAAAAACCUAGAAACACCUUUAAUAAAAAACAGAGAAGUGAAGAAUUCUUGAAGAGAUGGAGACUGAACAAUUGCAAUGAUGAAAAAGAAUGGGAAGAAAAGAUGGAGAAACUUUCAACUAUGGACCCACAAGAAAUUUUGAAGCUGGAGGGACAAAAAUGGACUCGUACCACGCCAGCUGAAUUAUACUACUCUCCGUCUCCGAAUAACGCAAAAGUUCUGUUCGCUACGAAGAGAUGCACGUCUCUGUCGGAAAAGUUUAAAGAAACAUUGCUUGAUAGAAGCGAAAAGAUCAAAGCUACUAAGCCUGCGUACGAAUUACCAUGUAGAAAACUGAAGCUUAAUCUACUUAAUAUCGAGUCUGGAGAGUCAGAUUCUGAAAAAAGCCAUUCUGAUGAAGAAGGCCAUGAAAAUGAAGCCAUGGAAGAACUUAAAAGAAAGCAACAACAUCCUGACAGACUACAUCCAGAACUGUGGUAUAACGAGAAAGGCGAGUUGAAUGAUGGCCCUCUCUGCAGGUGUAGUAGAAAAGCUCGAAAGUUCGGUAUCAGACACAAUAUUUACAAUGGGGAAAAUGCGUUGCCGAGGUGUGAUUUAAAUUCUAAUAAUGCUGAUAAAUUGUAUCACUACAGAAUUACAAUCUCACCACCCACUAAUUUCUUGAUUAAUACACCAACUAUCAUCAAAUAUGACGAUCACGAAUUCAUAUUUGAAGGAUUUUCAUUACUUUCUCAUUUUCCUUUGGAAAGUUUACCUGCCUGCAAAGUGAUAAGAUUUAAUUUAAGUUAUACCAUUUUAUACGUAGAAGAAAAAAUACCCGAUAAUUUUACUAUACUGGAAUUGGAUUUGUUUUACCAAUACUUUUUCAAAGAAAUUCUGGAGCUGGUUGAUUUCGAUUUACAUCCUCCAAACGUGCAAGAAGAAGAAAAAAGUUGCCCAAUAUUUCAUUUUAUGCCACGUUUUGUUCGUGAUCUACCUGAUAAUGGACGUGAAAUUCUGUCUAUGUGUCAUGUUUUACGGUACUUAAUUGAUAGCAGCGAACCUUUAAUCAACAAGAAAGAUUUACCUAACAUUCAAAAAGCUCACGACGAAGACUGGCAAGAAAUAGUCAAAGAUUUAAAAGGUUCGAUUGUUACUAAACCAACGAUGAAACCUUGUUCUAUACGAAUUGAUCAAUUGGAUCGCGAUAUAUCUAGUCAUCCUGAUAAUUUAUUCCCUGAUAUCAUUCAUUUUGGUAUACGACCUCCUCAACUUAGUUACGCUGGGAGCAAAAAAUAUCAGCGUUUAUGGCGAACAUACGUUAAAUUCAGACAUCUUCUUGCCAAUAUGCCCAAACCAUCAAUGGAAGAUAAAUUGAAAUUGCAUAAUAAAGAAAUGGAAUUACAGAAAAUGCGAUGCGAGAGUAAAUUCAAACGCGGCGUAACUGUAGUACUUUCUAGUGAAGGAUUCUACAAAACAGGAAUAAUGUGUGAUAUUAUCCAACACGCCAUGUUGAUACCAGUUUUAGUCUGUCAUUUGAGAUUUCAUCGAUCGUUGGAUUGUUUAGAGAAGAAAAUCGGUUACAAAUUUAAAAAUCGAUGUUUAUUGCAAUUGGCGUUGACGCAUCCUUCUUAUCGAGAAAAUUUUGGAACAAAUCCGGAUCAUGUUCGUAAUGUUUUGACUAAUUGUGGUAUUAGGCAACCGGAAUAUGGCGAUCGAAGAAUCCAUUACUUGAAUACUAGGAAAAGAGGCAUCAAUACCUUGAUUAACAUAAUGUCCCGGUUCGGCAAUAGUUCUGAAAAACAAUCUAGUAUAAUGCACAAUGAGAGGCUCGAAUUUUUAGGGGACGCCGUUAUAGAAUUUGUUACGUCGAUACAUCUGUUUCAUUUAUUCCCUGAAAUUGAAGAAGGUGGGUUGGCUACGUAUCGAGCAGCGAUUGUACAAAAUCAACACCUAACAAUAAUGGCGCAGGAGCUGGAAUUACAUCAGUAUAUGCUUUUCGCUCAUGGAUCCGAUUUAUGUCACGAUUUGGAAUUGAGACAUGCGAUGGCUAAUUGUUUUGAAGCUUUGUUAGGAGCAUUGUAUUUGGAUGGUGGAAUUGAAGUCGCUGACAAAGUCUUUUCGGAAACAUACUUUGCGAAACAACCUCAUCUUUUUGGUUUAUGGCACAAGUACCCGCUUCAUCCUAUACAAGAACAGGAACCAUUCGGUGAUCGUAAAUGGAUCUCUACUUUUCCCGUUCUGCAGAAACUUACCGAGUUCGAAGAUGCUAUUGGUGUUGAAUUCAAGCACAUCAGAUUACUAGCAAGAGCAUUCACAGAUCGGAGCAUUGGUUUCACCAAUCUUACACUUGGUUCUAAUCAAAGGCUGGAAUUCUUAGGUGAUACUAUUUUACAGUUGAUUUGUUCUCUGUAUUUAUACAAACAUUUUCCCGACCACCAUGAAGGACAUCUCUCUUUAUUGCGAAGUUCGUUGGUUAAUAAUAAAACACAAGCUGUAGUUUGUGAUGACCUAGGAAUGUCCGCAUAUGCAGUGUACGCUAAUCCAAAAGAUUUGUUGAAAAUUAAAGAUCGAGCUGAUUUGUUAGAAGCUUUCUUAGGGGCGUUGUAUAUCGACAAGGGUAUGAAGUAUUGCGAAGAGUUUUGCAACGUAUGUUUCUUUCCUCGACUGCAAUAUUUUAUCAUGCGACAAGAUUGGAACGAUCCAAAAUCCAAACUGCAGCAGUGCUGUUUAACUUUGCGAAGCAUGGAAGGAAGGGAACCGGAUAUUCCAGUGUACAAGGUUAUUGAGUGUAAAGGACCUACGAAUGGCAGAACGUACACGGUGGCGGUUUAUUUCAAGGGACAGCGAUUAGCUGCCGCUCAUGGGCAUAAUAUUCAGCAAGCUGAAAUGAAUGCGGCUAGCAAAGCGUUGGAAAAUUCUAAAGAUCUAUUUCCUCAUUUAGAAUUUCAAAAGCGGGCUAUUUACAAAAGUAUUAAAGCGAAUAAAAGAGAUGUCAGGUCUCCUGAUGUUUCCAGAUCAAAAAGGCACUACAGAUGAUGCAAGAAUCUGCAGCUCGACGUGUACAGAAGAUAUUUUUGUUUGCGACUGUGCGCUUUAGUCAUGAUAUGGUGCGCUUAACGAAAUAUUUUCAGCAGGAAUGUGUAUGUGUAUUUAACGCGAGGCGUAACUUGUCUCGUUUGUGAUUUUGUAAACAUUCGAAUAAGAAAUACUUUCAUUUUUA